CGGCCCCCGCAGCCGGAGGCAGGUCCGGGAAAGGGCAAGACCAGGCCAGAACCGGGGAAGCAUCCCAUGACAGUGCCGCGCUCACUGGCUGACUGACUGACGGGACUGGGAGCGCCGCCCUCACCAACGGCUGCGGCAGAUAAAUGGCUCAUUUAAAUUGGGAGCUGCUACUAAAAUAUUCUCUGGCUGGCAAAUGCAGUGCCUAGCAGCUGCUAUCAAGGACGAACCAAACAUGAGUGGGGGAGGGGAACAGGUCGACAUUCUGCCGGCCAACUACGUGGUGAAGGACCGCUGGAAAGUGCUGAAGAAAAUUGGUGGUGGAGGCUUUGGGGAGAUCUACGAAGCAAUGGAUCUCUUGACUCGUGAGAAUGUGGCAUUGAAGGUGGAAUCAGCUCAGCAACCAAAGCAAGUCCUCAAGAUGGAGGUGGCUGUUCUAAAAAAACUACAAGGGAAAGAUCAUGUUUGCAGAUUUAUUGGUUGUGGCAGGAAUGAGAAGUUUAACUAUGUUGUCAUGCAACUUCAGGGCCGGAAUCUUGCAGACCUCAGGAGAAGCCAGCCGCGGGGAACCUUUACACUGAGCACAACCCUACGAUUAGGCAAACAGAUUCUAGAAUCCAUAGAAGCCAUUCACUCAGUGGGAUUCUUACAUCGAGACAUCAAGCCUUCCAACUUUGCCAUGGGACGCCUGCCCUCCACUUACAGGAAAUGCUAUAUGUUAGAUUUUGGUCUGGCCCGACAGUAUACCAAUACCAAUGGUGAAGUUCGACCUCCUCGUAAUGUUGCUGGUUUCCGGGGAACAGUCCGUUAUGCUUCAGUGAAUGCUCAUAAAAAUAGAGAGAUGGGCCGUCAUGAUGAUCUGUGGUCCCUUUUUUACAUGUUGGUAGAGUUCGCAGUUGGCCAGCUUCCAUGGCGCAAGAUCAAAGAUAAGGAGCAAGUGGGUAUGAUUAAAGAGAAAUAUGAACAUCGAAUGCUGCUAAAACAUAUGCCUUCUGAAUUCCAUCUUUUUUUGGAUCACAUUGCAAAUCUGGAUUAUUUCACCAAACCAGAUUAUCAGUUGAUCAUGACUGUGUUUGAAAACAGCAUGAAAGAAAGAGGGAUUACAGAAAACGAGGCCUUUGACUGGGAGAAAGCUGGUACAGAUAUCUUAUUAUCUACAAGCACCUCCACUCCACCUCAGCAGAACACAAGGCAGACAGCAGCCAUGUUUGGUGUGGUUAAUGUCACUCCAGUUCCUGGAGACUUGCUCCGUGAGAACACAGAGGACGUUUUGCAAGGAGAACACCUCAGUGACCAGGAGAAUGCGCCUCCGAUCUUGCCUGGCCGACCAACAGAAAGUUUAGGUCAGACUCCGAACGUUGCCUUCAAUGAAGGAGAGGUCUGGGAAGAGACGGAUGUGAAUCGCAACAAACUCAGGAUCAGCAUCAGCAAAACACAGUGUUUGGCAGAGGAAGACCAGAAAAGUGGGGUGUGCCCCAGCUCCCCAGUGCGAGCUGCACCAGACUCCCCUACAACUCAGGGGCGCUCUCUAAGAUAUCGCCGUGUGAAUAGCCCUGAGUCAGAACGACUGUCCACUGCAGAUAAAGGAGAUCAACUAGAGCGAAGGUCACGAGUGGAUUUGCCUUGUUCUCCUUCACGGCUUGUAUGCUCUUCCCAGCCAGCACAAAUGCUCUCUAUCGAUACUGGGCAGGUGGACAGGCAGGCGAGUGGCAGGAUGGACGUAUCUGCCUCAGUGGAGCACGAAGCCCUCAGUAAUGCUUUCCGAUCUGUGCCCCUGGCUGAGGAGGAGGACUUUGACAGCAAAGAAUGGGUUAUAAUUGAUAAAGAAACAGAACUGAAGGACUUCCACCCUGGUGCUGAACCAAGCACAUCUGGAACAACAGAUGAAGAGCCUGAGGAGCUGAGACCCAUUGAAGAGGGUGAGGAGAGAAGGCGGCUAGGGGCAGAAGCAGCAGUUAGGCCAAAAAUACAUGAUGGCAGAACACGGGGUAUGCAGACUGUGGCUGAGGAGGACAGUUCCCACAGACAUGAAGGGCACUGUCAGUCAGUUUCUGACAGCAAACAUGAACAGCAGCCAGGAAGCCCUGCACAGUCCCCCUUGUAUUCAGCACCAGCUAUCCGACAGCGGAGACGGGAAUCCGAGCCUACUGGUCCUGAGAGACAGGUAUUCACACUGAAGCCUUUUGAAAUGAAUGGUCUCCCCAAGGUGGUGCCUUUAAGUUUGCCUUAUCAAGAUUUCAAAAGGGAUGUAUCAGAACACAGAGAAAGGUCCAGAACCUUCCAUGGUGUAAAGAAAGUGGAUUUCUCAAAUGUUGUCUUAACUGCCCCCUGUAAAACAGCUACAGCCCAUUUGGAAAUGGCAAACGGAAGAUAUGAACAAGAGGAAGAAGAGGAGGAAGGGGGGGAGGAGGACGAUGAGGAAGAUGUUGGUGAAUUAGGAGAAGAGCUAGACAUGCACAGUGAGUCCAGCAGUGAUGUGAGCCAGAAAAGCACUGAGCGAAGUCAGGAAGGUGCCCCAUCUACCCUCUUGGCUGAUGACCAAAAGGAGUCUAAGGGCCGAGCUUCAGCUGCAGAAGGAGACUUGGAACUUGAGGAAGGCUCAAAGACACUGGUUCUCUUUUCUCCAGGGGACAUAAAGAAGUCCCCUGUGAACACAGACCUGGCUCCUGAUGUUGAUCUUGGAACUCUUGCUGCUUUGACACCUCAAAACGAGAAACCUCAGCCUAUGGGAAGUCAGCUGGAUGUAUCUGAGCCAGGAACAUUGUCCUCCAUUCUCAAGUCAGAACCAAAGCCUCCUGUUGCUGUGGCCACAACCUCCUCCCCUUUUACCAAAGUUGAGCGCACAUUUGUUCAUAUUGCUGAAAAGACCCAUUUAAACAUCAUGUCUUCCAGUGGACAGCUGAUGAGGCACGAGGAAUAUCCCAUUCCAGGACAGUUUGAAGAUAUAAUAGUUGAAGAAGAACUAGAAGAAAAUCAAGUUUUGGUAGAAAAUGGAAGUGUGAAUUCAGCCUUGGAAGGAGGAGAGAUGGAGAGCUGUGCUCUCUCUGUCAACCAUAUUGAAACCACCUCUGAUAUUGGAGGGGAACAGGUCUUGCUUCUCAAUGGAAGCAAAAUGGAAGAGGAAGAGCUAGAACUUAAAGAGAAACUUGUUCCUCAAUUAGAUUUUGAAGAAGUUGAUAAGCCAAUUUCAGAAGAGCCAAGCCUUGAAAAUAAAAUUCUUGCAACAGAGUCCCUAAAACAAAAAGAAACGCUUCCUGAUGCUCCGAAAGAAAGUCCCAAGAAGCCCUUGAGCAUCAGGUAUAGAAGCCGGAUUCCUAUUUUACUCUCUGAAGAAGACACUGGUUCAGACUUUUCAGGAUCACACUCUGGCAAAGAGAGAUUGUAUAAGCGGCUGAAACAGCAAGAUUUGGCCCGUCUGGUGAUGGAGAAAAGACAAAAUCGUCUGCUCAGGUUAACUUCAGGAGCUUCAUCUUCUGCUUCUUCCAGUGAUGAAAGGCGACGGGCUUCAGAAACCUUAUCAGCCACUGGAUCUGAAGAGGACACCCAUGACUCAGAUGACUUUACCCCAAGGAAGAUGGGAAUUCAGGAGAAGUUUUCUCUAGUUAAGACUGAUGAGAGAAGUUUAAGUACAAAGAGUAGGAUCCCACGUCCCAUUGUGCCUGUAAAGCCACCAGUGAAAGAAUUGAAAUGUGGGAGCCAUUCAACACUUCUAACACCAGCAGUGAGUAGCAGUCCAGGUGACAAGGAUACAACCAACAGAUUUCAAGGGCAAAGAUUCUCUGGGAAUGUAUCUGGUGACUCCCGAAUAAAACCAGCCCAAAGCCCUGCUGCCCCUUCCUUACGGAGCAGUCCAAGAAAACUCCUCCGUCCACCAGCUAGGAGUCCCAUUCUUGCUCCACGAAACCUCAGUGCUUCCCCCAAAAGCCAGUCACUGUCCAGAAAGGAAAAUCCUUUACCAUCCCGGCAGCACAGGCCAGGAACUACAUACCCUCUGCCGGUCCAGCCUUCCUCCAAAGCUCCCUCCAGAGCUCAGUCAGUUGGGGGGCAUUUGGCAGAUGCCCCUGUUUCACCAGGUGUGCUCCAAAAAGGACAAAGGGGGAAGGCCCAAACCCAAACUCAAACUCCAGCAACCAAAGGAAGACAAGUAUCCCAGGAAGGCAAGGCUACUGUAAGAUAAUGUUCUGCUGCUGUCACCCCUUAGACCUCCCGACUUACCAUCUCGCCAGGCUGGAGAAACCUCUGCGUAUAGUAUACACUCAAGUCGCCACAGCACAGCCUUAUUGUGUCGGAAAAUACAAGCGUAUAGCAGCUAGCUGUACUUCAGUGCUUCACUUGCCCACAUGCCCAUGCUCUCUCUGUCCAGCUCCUAACCUGGGGUCUUGCCGGCCAGCCUCAUGCUUGCUUGCUUAUUGCCAGCCACCAAGCAGCGGCUCGGGCAGCCUGCCUAGUGCCUGACUGUCCUUCCCCUCACACCGUCGUUUUGGUUUCUCAGUUAGCAAUACUACAGUCUCCUCCUCAGAGCCCUGACGGUUUGAUAGGUGAGACAGCGUUUGGUAACAGUGAAAAGGUCAAUGGGCAGAGCUUAGAGAAGACUUGGUGUGAACUUCUAGAUUAACUCAGACAGCCCAGUACCCCCAUCUCUCUACCCCCCUGGCCAUUCUUUAGUAUGGCUCUCAUAAUGCCGCCUGUCACAUGGCUGUUAUACUCCCCCUCUCUAAGUAUUGACAGAACAAAAGAGAAACAGACUCUUCAUCAGUGUCUAGAAUAUUAAGCAAGAGAAUUAUGUAUCUAAAACUGCUAAACAUCAGAAGAACAGCCGCAUCCUCUAGAGCUGAUUGUAACCCAUAAAAUUUGACAGCUCACUGGCCUGAGGGGCUUCUUGCAGGAGAAAUGAUAAACCUGUUAAGGAAAGGGGUUCCACUGAUCCCAGUGUAAUCUGAGAGUGGGGGACAUGAGUUCUAUUUCUUCAGCAGUUUUAGGUUAACUGUAUCCCGAGCAGUAGCGUUUUGUGCAGAGGCAGCAAAAAAAGUAUCCCUAGGGGACCAAGCAAGUGGUUUCUUGGCAAGGAAUAAUACAUGGACAGAAGAGGUUCUAACCUCAAAGUAUUGUCUGUGGAGGCUAUAGAUAUCUAGCAUGCAGAGUUUCCCCACUGAAUCCAAAUGCAAGGCUCACUGACCUAGUUAGCUGUCUCCCCUGCUGGGAUCCAGUCUCCCUGCUGGUAGCAGAAAUGCAAAUAGCCACAUAAACUUUGCAAUAGGCUUCCUGUCUCCAGUGGUAAUAUCUGUUUGCUUUAGAAAUCCUGCUGUGAUACCUGUUGUCAUCUACUGUAUUUACUCUGUAAUACAUGUCAGAGUAUAUGGUGCUCAGGUUGGCGCUUGUUGGCAAAACAGCGAGAAGUUUUGACAUGGGCUGUUGAACCUGGUAUAUUUGGGAAUCGGUUGGGGUUAUUUUACAGAAUCAAGUUUCCAUGAGCUGACUGAGAAAUGGGAAUUGCAGAAACUUGCCACUAGGCCCAGGGGGAAAAAACAUUUAUAUGUAAGGGCUUAUAAUACAUCAAAGGAGCCAGCUGUUAGGUUUGCGGAGCUGUAGCAAUACAAUAAGAGCUUAUCGUUGCACUGAAAAGCCUGAAGAAAUAAAGGAUGCUGAGCCACAUGUGGUAACAUCUGCAUAAGUCUUCAGGCUGCAGCAUGAAACACAACAUAUGGGGAGCCUGAAGAGAAGAAUUGAUUGCAUAUUAGCUCUGAGCUUGGAAAUGUCGCUUUUCAUAGUAUCAUAGAAUCUUAAGAGUUGGAAAGGAUCACAUGGCCCCUUUUACAAUGAAAACUCCCUGAACCCCUCAGCUUGCCAACUGCUCAUAUUUAUUGAGACGAUUCUGGGUGUUUUAAGCCAAAACUCCCACACUUUUCCAGACUCUGGUUUUAGGGCCUCUACCCUGGCUGUAUUUUUGCUCCAUAACUAAGCAGCCAUAUGACAAGGAUAGAAAAGAACCUAGCCAACUUAUCUAUUUAGAUUGAUGUGUUUGGGUUACUGAACCUAGUCCCUUAAAAAGGACAUCAUCUUACAAGUUUGUCGGGAGGAUAAGAUUCCUUGUGCUAGGCCUACAUCCUAAGAAGAAGGCAUGAGCUGUUCAUAGAAUCAGAAUCUUAGAGUUGGAAGGGGCAUACCUGUAUGCAGUAGGAAUUAAGGAUUCAUUUGUUAGAGGCAGAUCUUGAGUACCAUAUAUACUCAUGUAUAGGUCAACCUCCUGAUUAAGUUUGGAGGCCAACAUUAUGGAUUUUGCUAUGACCCGUGAGUAGGUUGAGGGUCAUUUUGCAGAGAGAGGGAAAACAUCAGUGCUGCUUUUGGGAGCUGGCCACCUGGGUAUUCAAAAAGUCCAGACACUGUGCCAUAGCAGAGAAAGUUGAGGGGGCCAAGUGCGGCUUUUAGGUUAUUCCAGGACAGGGCAAGCUCUCACCACUCUACUCAGAAAUGGUUCUGUUUUAAAAUAAGAGUUAAUGUACUGUACCUACGUUGACUCAUGGAUAAAUCAACCCACGUUUUGGAGGUCGAUUUUUUGACUAAUUUUUUUAGACUAAUACAUAAGUGUAUAAAAUAACUUUUCUUUUCCAGAGAUGCCUAAAGCACAAUAAUAUCUAUGCAUAUCCACAUCACUGCUGGGAUGAUGGCCCUCCUUUUAUAUUUUAUUAAGAAUGUGGGCCUUGUUCACACAUAAAGCGUUCUUAAUCCUUUCCCGGUCUGUCCAAGAGAGGAAGGGCAAGAACAUGUCUAGACUAUAAAAAUAUGACUGUCAUCGUUCUCAUCUGUAGAACCAUGGGAAUUACAGUGAUUUGAGAAGACUAUAAAGAAUGGCAUAAGAAUUCUGAGAGACCUGUCUCUUUGUUUUGUCCCAUAGGCAUGGCCUUAAUAAAAUAAACAAAACAAAACCCACAAACCAUGAAGCCCAGCAAUAACAAUCUGACUGAUUUAAUACAAAUGGGGCUUCAGCAUGCUUCUGGGAGAGAUGAAAUAGCAGAGGAGUUUUGAGAACAGAAAUAUUACAUUCACACAGUAUUUUCUUGCACUGUGUUUGUCCCUCAACACACCUUCAUUCCCAGGUCUACCCAUUUAGAGUUGCAGGAUUCUCUAGAACACGGCUUCUUAAACUGUGUUGAAUAUUGGUUCUGAAAUAUUUGGCAACAGUAAAAUAUUUCUAAACACUACCUAGUGGCUGUUUCAGACUUUUAUGUCUGAAGGACACCAUACAGUGUUUACAGUGAACUCUACAGAAAAUGCUUCAGCUGUGCUUCAUAAAAAGGGGAAGUCAGCCUGUAUCAAGACUUGCAAAUGCUGAUUUACUAUGAGUAAAUGUUUGAUUUUAUGCCUAUUUUAUAUGCCCAUAUACCUGGGGACAUGUAAAAAUUUCUGGGGCGGAAAGGGUUUGUGAGUGGAAAAAGUUUUAAGAAGCCCUGCUCUAGAGUGCAUUAGAGAUCACAGUUUCCAUGCAUUGUUGAUUCAAAUAUCUCAAUUGUCAGAGCAGUCGAAACAAUACACACACUAAUCUUUCAUGGCAUAUUCUCUUCCUUUCCCUCUCACACUGUUUUGACCACCAUAUGUUGCAAAUGCUGUCAUCUCCUUUUAGCUCAGGGUUGUAGUAUUUGUAAUCCUUUGUAUGAUUCUUACAUACAGUAGAGUCUCACUUAUCCAACAUAAACGGGCCAGCAGAAUGUUGGAUAAGUGAAUAUGUUGGAUAAUAAGGAGGGAUUAAGGAAAAGCCUAUUAAACAUCAAAUUACAUUAUGAUUUUGCAAAUUAAGCACCAAAACAUCAUGUUAUAUAACAAAUUUGACAGAAAAAGUAGUUCAAUAUGCAGUAAUGCUAUGUAGUAAUUACUGUAUUUACGAAUUUAGCACCAAAAUAUCACAAUGUAUUGAAAAUAUUGACUACAAAAAUGCGUUGGAUAAUCCAGAACGUUGGAUAAGCGAGUGUUGGAUAAGUGACACUCUACUGUAAUCAGGUUUCUAAAUUACUUUGGGAACCAUUGCAGAUAUGGUUAGCCCUGUACUACGGAGUUUUUCCAAUAUGUGGAAAGGUGUUGUUGGAUAAUGAGUACGUAGUAGAGGUGGAGGGCCAACUACCAUGUCCCCAAGCUUCUCUUAUAGAAUUCUAUUCAAAUAAGACUUCGAACAAUCAUAUAUGAGACUAUUCUGUGGGAAUAGAAUUCUAACAUUAGAAAAUUAAAAGGCAGAUUGAGUUGUGGCUGUAUCACAUAUACACUUCUGCAGGCAUCUAUGACAUCCAUGCCAUAUUAUUGUUUUGUUCUAACGCUCUACAUAGCCCAUGCGUGAAAGGUCUCCAAAAUUCCAUGAAGACUGCAUUUAUUGGAUACUAAUCCAAUAAUAUGUUUAUGUAUAUUAAUAUUUAAAAACAAGCAUUGAGCUAUGCUUCCAUCUGGAACUGUCGAAUCUUCAGCAUCAUUAGUCCUCUAGUUCCAACCAAUGAAAACUGCUCAUUGGUUUGUGUCCUCAUCAAAAUGUCAUGGCUUCUUCUCACAUGUUCCCUUUCCCCUUUUUCAUGUUGCUUCGCUUCUAAAUUGUGAACAGCCACAAUUGUAACUGUUGGCCAAGGCUCUGAGCAUGUGAGCCAUUGCAGACAUAUCUGUGCAUUUGGCAUGGUGAUGAAUGGCACAUCACUAUUGCUGCCCUUUCUACCCAGCUUGCUAAGGCUAUGCCCUUAUGUUAAAUUUAUUAACAAAUAAUUCGAUUGGUAGUGAUAUUCUCCACGUUUGCAACUAAAAUGUGGAUUAAAAAAAAUGAACGUAAUAAAAAGUACCAUCAGAUUAAAAACAUGUAGAAAUCCAACAGAGAUGAAAAAAUCAUUUGGCAAAGUAUGCUUUAUUCACCAUUUAACAACCAGAAGACAUAGGAUUUCUGGUGUAUAGAACUUCACAAAUGCUGUCACAAUGUCCUUAACAGCUGCAAACCUGAUUGACUUUAGUAGUGGAUUUUGAGAGCAGAUGCAUCUCUAGUCACAAUUAAGAUUGGAGAUAUACUGUAGAAAGAAUUAAUGCAGUGUGAUACUACUUUAACUUCCAAUGCAUCAAUGCUAUGGGAUCCCGGGAUCUGUUAAUUUGGUGAGGUCCCAGCGUUCUUUAGCAGAAAAGGCUAAAGACCUUGUAAAACUAGAACCAUUAUGCAGUGGUUGUUACGGUGGUGUCAAGCUGUACUAAUUCUACAGUGUGUAGAUGCACUUGAUGCCCCUCUUGGUUUAAUGGGGUAUACUUCCAAGAUACACGUGUGUAGGAUUUUAGCCUAAAGGUGAAGGAGAGAAGAGACACCAGUGCGGUUGCUGGCUGUUUCUAGCUAUCACCAAUUGUAAUCAACCAGAAAUGCCAAUAAUUGAAACUAUCACAAACACUCUUGUCUUUGAAUUUAUUUAUAGGGCCUGAAUUCUUGCUGAGCCUCUUGCCCACCCUGUAAGUCCAUUGGCCUCUCUGGUUGAUUACAAUUGGUGAUAGCUAGAAACGGCCAGCAACUCUCAUAGUAAGCUUUUCCCUUUCACCAUUCACAGGUACCUCUUCUCCCUUUCCUGACCACGUGAAGACCUUUAAUGAUAGAAAUUGCCUUUACAAAUGGACAUUGCCCCCUUAGGGACAUGGUAUGUUUUUUAUUGCAAAAAUUCUGGAUAAACUUGUCUAGAGAAAGGUGAGCUCCAGUAUGCUUAACUUGAACCAAGCACUCAACUCCUGUAAAUAUAACUAGUUGAUGUCAGUAAGGAAUUUUUGCCAAUACUGAGGGCAUAUAAAAAGCAAAACAACAAAAAACAAACUUCUCCCACUGCCUUCCAGUUACUAGAAUUUAUUAAUUUAGCGAAAACUCACCCUCCACCGCUCCACUGAUGCCGCUGUUGAUGCUGUAGAUUAAAGGAAAGGUGCCUUGUGUGUUCAGUGCAUGAUAGGUAUGGUUUUUGAAAGUGAGGCAAGGUGCCAGAGAUUGGGUUGCCAGGAGACCAGGAAUUCUAUCCAGAUUUUGUUCUGACUGAGAUGGCUUUAGAAGCUUUGGAAGCCUUUUCUCUUAUUUGCAGAUGUAAUUUUCUCUUGAGUGUUGAUAAUAACAAUUUCAUCAGCAUCUGAAGAUUUCUCACAGUCUACCCCAGCUUUGCUAUAGGCUUGAAAUACCACUUUGCCAGGAUUAAACAUGUCUUGAGGCUGGGUUAAGUUUCCACAUCUUCAAAGAAUGUAAUUGGGUGGGUAAUGAUACUCUGCUAAAUCCAACAUACUUUGACAGGAACAUCAGAAUAGUUUUUAAUUUGCUGUGAAGACCCUAAGGCCUCUGAUUAUGGAAUCAUAAUUGAUUUUCUUUUCCCAGUCUAUCUAGGUGAUAAUGAAAGAAAACUGCAGAAGGAAAUAAAAAUUUAAAAACGUACCUACCAUUGUAUGGCCUGGCCAGAAUUAACCUCUGACUCAAACAGCUUUAUGGUUAUUGAGAACUUCCCAAUUAAAAUCUAGUUAAUUUAAAAUCAACACAAGAUGCAAAUCCAAUGUACACAGAUACACUCUGAAUAGAUUUGUUGUAUGGGGUGUGGCUGCUUUUCAUUUCUUCCUUCCUUAGCUCAUAUAUUUCAACAUUUCACAGAUGAAAAUGUAAGCACAAGUUGUCAAGUAAUAUCAUAGUAUGGUCAAGAUGGCAAAAGUUAAUAAUUAAGUUAAUAAGGCACAAGCUAGGAGAGUCUGCAGCAGUUUGCCUUUGCCCGAGCCUGCUGGAAAGUAGAUUUCACUCUUCCUCCCCUCUUCUGUCCCCUUGCUGAGUUAGUUGAGUGCAAACUAUUUUUCUGCUUUGAACAGUUUGCAUCAAUUGAAAUACGCCAAGGACAAAGGGAGAAAGUGGGAGGAGGAGAAAGAAACAGGGACAUUUUUAAAAGCAGCUGGCAAAGUGGGAUGAAGAACCAUUACAGUCAGCCUUCACAUUCACUGGGAUUAGGGGCACAAGGCUUCAAUGAAGUGAAAAGCCACAAAUAAAUUCUAUUCUUCUCCAGGAAUUCUCGAGGAAUUCUUCUAGCAUCACAUUGGAGGAAUUUAAGAUUCCUAUAGAGGUGUUCUCUCCAUAAAUGUCUCCGUCCUCCAGCAUGACUGGAGGAAGUUGACCAUAGAGACACACUGGAGGACCUUCAGCAGUGGUUCUCAACAUGUGGGUCCCCAGGCGUUUUGGCCUACAACUCCAGAAAUCUCAGCCAGUUACCAGCUGUUAGGAUUUCUGGGAGUUGAAGGCCAAACAUCUUGGGACCCACAGGUUGAGAACUACUGACCUAGAGAUUGCUAGGCAGAACAUUUUAAAACCAAAUCUGUGAAUAAUCACACCCGUAAAAGUCAAAAGAGACAAUCUCUACCCAUUCUGGAUAGUCCGAAGGUAUGUCAGAUCCAUUUUCUGUUCUUUCUUCUAGUCAACCCACCUGCUCAGCCUUCAGCGAGCUUUUUCAAAGGUACACUGCUCUCCUUUUGUGUUUUCCCCCCCUCAACAUAUUUCCCUCUCUUCUGGAAACUUUUGACUUCCUCCAGCCGGCUGAUACAUUCAUCUUGUGUUGAGAUGCAGAGUCUUUUGCCUACAAGAGUAAAGCCCUCUGUCUAUUGGAAAAGAGGGAAUGGUUAACCAUAAUUCAGCUUUGUAUUUCCUGAUAUGGCUGUACCAUGCUUUACACAGUUCUUUUAUUUGGAGAAGCCCCAGCGAACAGCAUCACUGCACUAGCACCAUCUAAAUGGGGCUUGUAGUGUGAGUAUUAACAAUAAUUUUAUUACAAUACCCCUAAGUCAUAAUGUAGUGUAUAAUAUGCAUGCAGGGUGCUAUUAUUUAAAAAGCCUUUGAGCUCUUCCUCUAGGUUUACCAUCUAAAAUUGGCUGAUAUCAUAGAAGUUUUUACUGAGCAUUUACUGAGCAAGCAUUUACUGAGUAAGUACUAUAUUGACAUGGUCUGAACUAAGGUCUAUGUGCAAGGUGUUUUUUUUUUUGAAGAAUGGAAUUAAGCAAUUAUAUGCUUUUGAGCUUGAAUAAUGUAUUUUAUGGAUUAUUGUUAAUGGUUUUAAAUAUGUUGUUGUUUUUUACUGAUUUUGUUUGGCAUUGAAUUUUGCCAGUUGUUGUAAGCCGCCCUGAGUCCCCUCGGGCGAGAAGGGCGGUGUAGAAAUGUUGUAAAUAAAUAAAUAAAGUUGUCAGAUGGUGAAGAAAGGAGGUAGGAACAAGGAUGGUACCAAAGGGAAAUAUGGAACUAUGUUUGGUUUUAAAAAAAAGCAUAAGGUAAAAAAUGAUACAGUAGAGUCUCACUUAUCCAACAUAAACGGGCCAGCAGAACAUUGGAUAAGUGAAUAUGUUGGAUAAUAAGGAGGGAUUAAGGAAAAGCCUAUUAAACAUCAAAUUAGGUUAUGAUUUUACAAAUUAAGCACCAAAACAUCAUGUUAUACAACAAAUUUGACAGAAAAAGUAGUUCAAUAUGCAGUAAUGCUAUGUAGUAAUUACUGUAUUUACAAAUUUAGCAUCAAAAUAUCACGAUGAACUGAAAACAUUGACUACAAAAAUGCGUUGGAUAAUCCAGAACGUUGCAUGAGUGAGUGUUGGAUAAGUGAGACUCUACUGUUACUAAGGUCUAAAUAGCAUAUGUAAGACUUGGUGUGAGUGAAAAUAGGCUAUUGGUCUAAAAAGGAUUCCCACAAGGACAUUUGAAGGAACUAGGUAGCCUUGAUGGGGAAAAAACAGACUUAAGUAGAUCUUGGCGAGGUUGAACAUGGUAGUUGCGCUCUUCAAGUACCAGAAGGGCUGUUGCAAAGAAGAUGGGACAAGUCUAGGUUUCUCCUGCUCUAAUUGGCGGGAUAAGGUGUAAUGGGGCCAAGUUCCAGGGGAGAGAUUUCAAGUGAACAUUUAGGAAUCGCUUCUUCAUAAGAGCACUUUUGGAAUGAAACCAUUCCUUGUGACUUCUUCCAUGUUGUAAGUCUUCAAGAGGCUAGUGUAACAUCAGUUGGGGAUUCCCUAGCCUCAGAUUUCCUCCAGCACUGACCCCAGGUUUGGACUAGUCACGCUAGAUGUAUUCCUAAAUAGCAGGGGGUUGAACUGGAAGGCCCUUGUGAUCUCUUCCAACUCUGUGAUUCUAUGAUUCUAUGAUAUGUUUUCCCCAUAUUUUAGUUCAUUAUUUUUUGAGGCGCAGCUCUAAAAAUGAUCAGCACCCAUCCAGUCCAUCUUUCCCCUUUGGACUUUAGUGCAUGCCAUGAUGUCACCAUUCCCCUCAUCACUGAGAGUUGAUCAGGUAGAAUGGAAAAGCAGGGAUCAGUGAUACUAUAACCCCAAGUUGUAGUGUUACUGGGAUUUUGGAAGAAUUUGGGGUGGGACUGUUUCCUGGGACUGGUGUAGACCAUGAUGCCUAGUUUACUCCUGGGAAUCCAGUAGAACAUGCAUCCCUAGGUAACACACAGAGGAAGCUGUAAAUAUGAGGAAACCAUUAUGAAUCCAUUGAAUGUCAACACUACUCAUCCCCACGCUUACACUGAUGUUGAUGUAUUUCUAAUUCUACUAUGCACCCAAGACACAAUCCCUUCAAAGUAAGAUACUUCACGCAUCCCCUUUGCACUUAGUACCAGGACCAGAAUGAGUUUGCUAAUGUAGGUGAGCUGAAUACCUGGAGAUUGAUGAGAUUUUGGUGAUUGGGAUACCAAUGUGCUUCCUGGGAGAAUCUGUGGACUUGGUUCCCCCCCCCCCCCCCCAAAAAAAAGAUGUUUUUAUCCUUUUGGUCACUUGGGAGCAUGCGUGUGCACCUUUGCUACUUUCUGAAUUGGGCUAGGCUUGAGCUGCAGAAUGAAUUGGAAAAUGCUCCACCAUGCAUUGUCAAUCAAAAUCUGAAAAGAUGGUAUGAAUUACCCCUCUUGAAAGAUGGAAGAACAUUGGUGUGCUUGUAUGUAACAUGUAAAGGGCACAGUGCUAUGUGCAAUGUAAGUGACGUGGCUAGUUCUUUGGACUGAACAUGGGACUGGAAUACAGGUAUGAACAAUAGGAGUUGCUUUUCAACUGGCAAAAUGCUCAAUUAAGGAGCAGCUGUGUGUUAGAAUUAUCUCCCCUUCUGUUGAGCAGGCUAUUUUGGUCUGGAGACAGGACUUCCGUUGUCUGGUACUGUAUGCUUCAAACAUUACCGGGCUUCAAGGUGUAAACCCUCUCUCUCAACGUAUACUUUUCAUGCAUUCUUUGGAAAGCAGCUCUAGAAUGUUUUACACAUUGCGGCUAGAAUGUACAAUAGCAAACAAGGAAAUUAAACAAAAACUGGUUUAAAUGCAUGGCAAAUCUCUCAGCCACAAAAGUCUGGCAUGCAUCACAGAGAAGCUGAACUGUGUACAGAUCCACAUGGCAUUUUCCUAACUCCAGAUUAUGACUUUAAAAAAAUAAAAACGAAAAAGGAUGUCAUUUCUUGUUUGUAUGAGAAGCAGCAGUCAUUAUUAGAUUUGUUAUUCAAAGGGAAUUCUUGAUCCUGCCAUUAAAAAGCUCGCCUACCUUUUU